GGACGGGCUGACUCAGCGGCCAUUGAUGCGCUUUAUUUCCAAGAGGACAAACCGAGAUACUUUCUUCCCUUUCUGAGGUUUUUGUGCCGACCGAAGCCAUGGUGUCUCACUCGCUCGCCCUGCCGAUGAUCUGCUUCACCACGUUAUGGGCGCUGGUGGGGGUCGUGGCCCCGUUUUUAGUGCCCAAAGGACCCAACCGGGGAGUGAUUGUCACCAGUCUCAUCCUCACUGCAGUCUGCUGCUACCUGUUCUGGUUGGUGGCCAUUCUGGCCCAGGCCAACCCUCUGUUCGGCCCUCAGCUGAAGAAUGAGACUAUAUGGUAUCUGCGCUACUUCUGGGAGUAAACAGGGCCCGUGUGAUGUGAAGCCUCUCCUCAUUCCUAUCCCCUGGCUCGCUGGACUUGAUUUCAACAUUACUCCUAAUACACACACCCACACACACACACACACACCUCCAAUCUGCAGAAUUGAUGGAUUAUUUAAUAAGUUACGGCAACCUUAAAGCCAGUUCCUCUGCAAGUGCAGGGGGAAUCUUAAGAAUAAUGUACAGUAACCGGGCUAUAAGAUUUACAGUUUAUUAGACAGACGUGUGUUUUGAAAGCAGAAUUCAUCUCGUGAUUCCAAUGCAAUGUUUGAAGUUGUGACUUACGGUAAUCAGAAUGAGGAGACCGCUGUUCGGAGUAGAUAUUAAUAUUCCCUCUCUAAAAUGUGCAAUCCUUUAGUUUACUCUGUGUUUGUUUACAUUUUUUGUUGUUGUUGUUGAGGUUUUGUGUUGCUGCCAUCAGGGAACAUGAAUUUGUAAGUGUAUUUAUUUUGGCUUGCGGACACUGAUGCAAGCUUGUUGUAAUCACCUCGGUGUCCACACGGUCUUGUUAUAUAAGUGUUAUUAUCUGUGAUGUAAUGGCGUGUGUGUGUGUGUGUGUGUGUGUGCGAGCGCGUGAAGAGUUCAUUAGUGUGAGUGUUUGGACCGCGGCCAUGAGAAUCUCCUAAAAACCGUAAAAAGUGAAGAGCGAUUCCCUCCACUUUAGGCCACUUCAGCAUGAAACUCCCUCCCACAUUCCCCUCAUGCUCCACACCGCGGAGGUCCUCGUUGCCAUGGUGAUCUCAUCACCCAAUUCAGUCCCUCUCCACUCGACCCCGUUUGAUGAAAUCCUGCCCGUCCUCGCCUGCAUGCGUGCAGAUGUACUGUAGGUUGUACUGUACGUGUUUUCGGAGUGGUUUGCCGCUGCUGAUAAAUUAUCUUUACCUUUAACGGUCCGCUGAGUUCUGGCAUUCCCAGCAUUUAAAACUCUGGCAAAUGAAUUCUUUUCGGAGCUCUUUAAGCUCGAGUGACCCCUCACAACUCUCAAGUAGCGCCAUUCAGUUAGCAGUAAACAAAGCACUGAAAAGUACAUUUGGAAAAAAAAAAAAGCGCAUGUUUCUCCAGACUUCUGCAGUAACUUUGGUUUAGAAGAAACCUCAUUGAAUUUGAUCUUUAAUUAAGGGCCAGCAAGGUCACUGUGUAAGAUCAGCGUGGACGGCAACUCAUUGUUUUGCAAUUAAAAAAUAACAUUCGAAACUAGCUGCAGUAAAAAAAAAAAAAAAAAUGCAGGGGAGUGGUUUUAUGAAAUUAAGGUUAAACAUUGUAGUUAAAAUAUCGUCUGUACACAUGCAAUAGCUCGAAGGCUAUUUCUUUGGGCGCUGAUCAUCAAUGUAACCUUGGCUCUACGAUUGGCAUCACGUGAUCUGAGUCCACAGUGGCCACAAACACUGCUGUAUGUUUCCUUCACCUUCCAAACUAGCAGUAAAAAGCUCUCCUCUUUUUUUUGCCUUUUGCCUUGUGGAAGAUGCAGGUCUGUUGUCAUCCCGGCACACCUGCCGCCUCCAGAUGCUUUAAACGUCUCUCCUGCCUGCCAGCCACUACCACAGCUACACCUCCCCUCUCCUCUCCCCAUCCCCGACCUUGAGCUCCCCUCCCUCUCCUCUCCUCUUCUCUAAAACCACUUUGCUUCAGCCAAAAAGAAUCAAAAUCAAAAUACAGCUACUUUUUAGAAAGACCAAAUUGCGUUGUAUCUUUUCCCCCUCAGCCCUUUUCUGUAGCUGUGGCGGCGGCUCGUGUCUAGAAGUGAACAUACAACAGUGUGCUGUGCAGUUAUUUACACACCUGAGGACCUGAUUGCACCAACAAAUUAGCCUUUACUUUCCAGUGAAGAUGAUUUUCGUUGCAGAUGGAAUUCAGUUUCACUCCGAGCGAACCAGGACGUGUAAACAAAACUCACACGUACUCACAAGUAGCCCAGUUUUUGGACGGAGUUGCGAACCCGUCAGUGUGGAAGGUCAGAAAUGUUGGUGGUGGCAGAGAGCCAAAACAAAUCUGAAACCAGAUCCUGUAACUCAAGCUCAAUGCCAUGUUGAGUGCAUGUGAAGAAAAAGCUGAAAACGAGCAGCAGUACACACUUGCUUUCAGACGUUCUGACCAAUCACUGCCGGUUAUCACGUAGGCCCUUGUGUGUCGGGUUUGUUUGCCGUGGUUGUUCUGGACCUCGUUCCCAAACCCGCUCAUCACGAAACACGCUAGAGUUUGCUUAAAGGAGGACGGUGUCGGUGAAUCAUCGGACACCAAAUGGCACCAUUCCUACUGAGCCGAACAGACCGGACUGACGGACGGAACAGUCGUGACUUUGGAUAACCCCUUUGAAACAUGCGGAUUGUGAACUAAGUGUGUGGGUUCCUGUUCCAUUUCUGAUGAAUCUGUUCAGUUCUUUUGAUAACUGGCUGCUGUUCAUCUGUUAAAUGUCCCUGGCAGCAUAGAUGGAGAUAGAGAUUUCUUUUUUUUUAAGUGUGUUAAGAGUCACCAUGGUAACAAAAAUCGAAUAAAUCACAGAUCUAAUUGUUGAUGGAGAUGAGAUGUGACCUUGUAUUAGUGUGAAGUAAAUGCUUCUAUGUGAGUGGCAUUGUAUUUAAAAUACCCAAUAAAACACCGUGUCUCAUUUGGUCCAA